GGACGCUAAACUUUAGCUACAGUAAAUCCCCCAAAUUACGUCACGCUUAGCAGCUCCUGUUUCUUGUACCGUAACAUUGAUCAACAGGUCCCAACCGUCCCUUCCGCAUCCUCUCCCUUUCGUCACGGUUUGCUCAUUCCAUUCCGUGACAGCAUCACCAAACUUACCUUAGCUUAACAUCUCCCGUUGUCUGACUGACAUGCUGCAGUGUUUCUGAACCAUCUCCGAUCCAUCAACAGAUUUCCCACUCUCGAUUGUCGCAAUCGACAGUCAUCAACCAUGGAUACCACCCCAAUGAUGGCACGCGCCGGGCUACUCCAGACUAGCUUGAUCUGGGUCGCCUACGCCGUCGCCGUUGCUCUAGUCUUCGUCGUCGCCGUCAUCACCGUCUUCACCUGGCAGACCCCAUAUGAUCGCUCCAAGCUUGUCACCACCGUCGCCAUCGUCAGUCUCACAUCUCUUCUAGCUACAGUGUUCCUCCUUCCGGUCGAUAUCGCCCUCGUCUCCUCCACCGCGUCCGCAUCGAGGGGCACCAAGAAAGACUGGGCAACACCCGAACGUAUCGACGGCAUCCUCACGACGCUCAAGAUUGUCUACUACUCCCUGUACAGCUUCGAUGCGCUUCUCUGCCUGGUCGUUAUCCCGUUCGCAUACUUCUGGUACGAAGAGCAUGAUGAGGUCCUUGAGGAGGAAGGAAGAGAAAGUUGGAGUACCCGGUUCGCGCAAGCCUUGAAAUAUACCAUUGCCUUCAUCUUCCUCGUCAUCAUCCUGUUCCUCGUAGGCUUCUUCGUCCCUGCUGCAGCCCAAGACCAUGGCCGACAUCUCGACCUCGACUACUUCAGGCGUCUGUUGACAAACAACAAGGGCGAGAAGGCUCUCAGCUUUGGCCUUGGACUUCUCAUGACACUGGGUACACUCCUUUACGUGCUCUACACCGGAGCCGGUCUCGCUCUCCUCCCAGUCUCCUUCAUCAAGAGUGCCCCGUCCAUUUCGGCCCCUCAACUUUCCGCCACAACUGCCUCCGAGCUCGAGCACAACCGCGAGCUCCAGCGUCAAAUCGAGAUGCGCAACGCUGGUCGUAUCGAAGCCAUGUCUCAGAAGGACAGGCGCGAGCUCGACCUUUUACUCCGUGAGGAACGCACUCUCGUUCGCCGCCAGCGUCUAGCAGCCGAAGCACGCGGUGAGGGACAAUCCACCAUUAUUCGUAUUUGGACCAAGACUCAGGCCGUUUUCCGUCCGCUUAAACUCGUUGGCGGCAUCCUCCUGCUUUUUCUCUCGGUAAUCCUCUGGAUUUCCAUGCUCAUCACCGCCAUCGACAAGGCCGCCAACUCCGUCUGCAAGUCCCACUGUGGCUACAUCCUCGGGCACAUCAACGUAUUCCAGCCCGUCAACUGGGUCUUCGUCAAGGCCGCCAAGGCGUUCCCCGUCGACUACAUCCUCAUGGCUUUCCUGAUCCUCUUCCUCUUCAGCAGCUCCAUCACCGGCAUUGCUUCCGUCGGCAUCCGCUUCCUCUGGGUCAGGAUCUUCCAACUCAAGAAGGGCCGUACCGCUCCUCAAGCCUUACUCAUCGCAACCGUCAUGCAAGCUCUCAUCAUCUUGGCCAUCAACUACGCCGUCGUCAACCUUCUCGCCCCUCAGUACGCCAUGUACGGCACUCAAACCUUUUGCCAAGGUUUUGCUCGAUUCCCCAGUGCCCAACCAGACUGCACGAACCAUAGAGACAUGAUUCGCCCAUGUUCCGAGUCUCUUACCGACCCCUUGGCCAAGGACGUCUGCACGCCCACCGUCAUGUCCACCUUCCUGAACCGCAUCGUGCUCAACUGGCCCGUGUUUGGCGCCAUUGACUUUUGGGCACAGUUUGCAUUCUUGACGGUGUUCUUGCUGGUGUUCAUCACGAGUCUGGUCAGGACUCCCAGGUUGAAUCUUGGUGAGAUUGACGAGGAGGCUCAGGCAGAUGAGGAGGAAGGAUUGCUGGCAAGCACGUCGAGGAGGUUCGGCGCUACUUGGCAGGAUAUCACGGGCAGGGCUAGGAGGACUGUUGGUGGAAGUUCCGGCGGUCAAGGGUAUGGGACUAGUGGGACGAAUGGAACGAACAGUUCUCAUUAGUGAGAAGACUGUGGUGAUGCAUUGUGGUGUCUCUCUACCUUGCUACCCCCAGAUUGUUGUAGUUGGUAGAGAGAAAGUACGGGAUUAGUGUAAUUUCAUUUUCAGGUUUUGAAGCUGGUUGGGUCAAGUCUGGGGAUGGGAAGGGAUGGCGUUAUGGUUAUGGGCAUCGCUGAUCCUGCAAUCCUGCCUUUUCUUUGUGUUAUUGCUUUUGUUCAGUUUUUCUCUAUGGUACCAAAUUGUCAUUAUGGAAUCGAAGACAUCCUAAGCGAGUCGUUAACUGUCUGAUGAUGGUGAAUCAAUAGUGAAAUACAUAAAUUCGUUGUGCCUCA